AUGGCGAAGCGUCUGAUCCCGUCGCUGAACCGGGUGCUGGUGGAGAAGCUGCUGCAGCCCAAGAAGAGCGCCGGCGGCAUCCUGCUCCCGGAAACCACCAAGCAGCUGAACGCUGCUAAAGUCAUUGCUGUUGGCCCUGGUGAUCGUGAUAGGGAUGGUAAGCUGAUCCCUGUAUCUCUGAGUGAAGGCGACACUGUUCUACUUCCUGAGUAUGGUGGAACUGAAGUGAAGCUUGCUGAAAAAGAGUACCUUCUUUUCAGAGAGCACGACAUACCGGGAAAGCUUGAGGAGUAG